UCUUGCCCCGCCAUCUUUAAGUGCACUGUCAUCGGCACGACUAGCAAGCGGGCUGAAGAGACCGUCUCGUUGCACGUUGUUACACAUUGAACAGCGAUUAAUUUGUAUCGACGAACAUGUCGAGCGGUGCGCUCUUCGGUAACAAUGCGUCGCGCGGCGCCUCGAAAAAUCUGGUGGAGUUCAAGGCCGGCAAGAUGACCGUGAAGGGGAAGAUGGUUUACCCCGACACACGGAAGGGCCAGCUGUACGUCUAUCAGUCCGACGAUUCGUUAAUGCACUUUUGUUGGAAGGAUCGCACCUCCGGAGUGGUCGAAGAUGAUUUGAUUAUCUUCCCCGAUGACUGCGAGUUCAAGCAUGUUCCCCAGUGCAAGACUGGCAGAGUAUAUCUCUUACGAUUUAAGUCGUCGAGUAAGAAGUUCUUCUUCUGGCUCCAGGAUCUCAAAACGGACAAGGACGAGGAACACUGUAGAAAGAUCAACGAUGUAUUGAAUAACCCGCCGACUCCUGGUUCUCAAAGGAGCGGUGGUGCCAAUGCUGAGGGUGAUCUCCAAAAUUUGUUGAAUAACAUGUCGCAACAGCAGCUCAUACAGUUGUUCGGCGGUGUUGGACAGAUCGGUGGUCUUGGAAGCUUGCUCGGUACGAUGAAUAGACCGCACGGCGUUCAGAGUACAAGAGCGUCCACGACGACGUCAUCGAGCCCGGCGACUACGAAUGUGGCUAGACCGCCGCAUUCGUUGACUCCUGGACCCAAUGCAGACUCCAAGACCUCGAGUAAUAAUAAAUCGUCAUCAAGAACACCGGCUCCGUCCACACCGACCACCACGACAACCACAGCUCCAAACAAUCGGAUACAGCUUAGCGACCUGCAGAACUUCCUGUCGGAAAUACCGACGCCACCUCAGGCAGAGCCUGCUGUCCAGAUAGACCAGAUCAGACGGAGGAAGAAUAACGUUUUCAUGAAGUGCGUGGCAACGAAAAUUCUGAAAUUAUUCUGCUAUCACUGUCAGAGAUAUAAAAUGCCAUUCUCGGUAACGAAAUUCGUGGAACAAUUCAGACUUUAUCAAUAUUUUACGAGUGCCUAAAGUCGCCCUUCGAUAAUAAGGCGCGAAGCAAGUGGAUAAGUAACAAUUUUGUGUCCUCCAUAAUCGUAUGGCUAUACUGCAUAAUUAAUAACACGUAGUACAUUGCAUUAAAAUUCGUUAACAACCAACAAAAGUAUUGUUAAAACAUGUGCAUCUAGAUUAACAAAAUUACACGCAACUAAUGUAUCGACAUUAAAUUGAAAUUUCAUUGUGUUUAGGACAAAGUUUGUGCAUUUAGUUGUAUUUGUGUAGAUGAGAAUAUUAGAAGCCACAUGUUAACAAAAAUUCUAGAAUGUUACGUUUGUUUCCGUCUGUAAGGCCUCAACAAGGCUUGAACAAUGUAUAAAAGUGUCGCAUUGUCAUAUCUGUGUUUUCAACAUUGUGUAGUCUCAUCUAGUACAGUUUUGUGUGACAAUAUCUCUUUGACAGAUCGGCAUAUUGUAUGUAUUUCAUCACAUCGCUGUAUUUAAUUGUUCGCUGAUGUGUGUUGUCAGCUGAGCUGUUACAAAGUACUUGGUUGAGAGAAAUUCUAUCAAAAAAAUAGCAGCAAUUAUUGUUUUUAUACAACAAUUAUUUCAAUAACUAUAAAAAGAGUUGCUGCAUCGUGCUGCAAAA